UCGCCGGCUACAGCUUUAAAAAAAACACACAGCCUUCGAGUAGAGAACUGCUUUUCCCUCUUGGUGGUUUGUUGUUUUUUUUUUUUAAUUUUGGUUGGGUUCGUUUGUUUGGUUUUUAAUAUUAUUUAUUUUUUUGGUAAGCAUUACCAAAAAGCGGCACAACAAGUGGAUGAUGCGGGGUGGUGCUGGCUGAGCCCCUGCCGUCUGGACGUGUCUGGGGAGGGGGGCGAGAAACUGCAAGAAGCGGCACCCUGUGUCCUCCCAUCAGUGGAAACAGGCUCGGUAUGAGGAUUAUUUAACGGUGAUUUACAAAUCUGCUGCAAAAGCCGGGCUUGGAAAAGACUAGUGGUUCGCGCUUACCCAUUCAUUCCGUCUCACACACACACAAACACACCGCCUUCAUUUUUAUUUUUUUUUUUUCUUUUCCUUUUGGAACAAGACUCUUGCUUAUUGCCUUUUUGCAAAUGCCUGGGCGAGAAGCAGCGUCUGUGGCUGAGCAGAGUGCCCCCAGCUUAAAGCUGCCUCUCUGGCUCACUCUUGGCGCUCUUGUUGCACCCGGAAAGAAGGGAGGAAAAGCACUCGUCAACCUGUGGUGCUGACUGACCACACACACCUGCAAAUGUGCAUCAGUUGGCACAGCCCCGUCCUCAGGACUGCUCACACCAGAUCCUUACACUAGCAGGAACAGCAUUGCUAUUUCUCUGCCUAGGAACAGUUAAGUGCUGCUUCUGCAUGACCAUAACCAAAGGGUGACCCAUCCACUCCCUUAUGUCCUAUGGGGACCUCAGAGCCAGUUUCUCAGUCUUCAUCUCCUCUUCCUCCUCCUCCUCUUACCACUGCUGCUGACGCCCUGGGUGCUGCUCCCAGGUUUGAGACGUUGUUGACAGGCUGAAGAAAGGAUUUGCAAAGACCUCCUCACUGUGUAAAUAAAGUGAUGGCUGGAAUUAACUUCAACUCCCCAAGUGAUAUUAAACAAUAAUAAGAUUGCUAGGCCAAAGCAUUACCAGGAACAAAUUAUGAGGAAAGAGAUUUUGCAUUUGGUUGCAUCAAUGAACUAAAAUCAUCUGUGGAGAGCAGGUACCCUUUGAUUUGCAUAUUUUUUUCCCUCAUGAACGCAGUCUUUGUAGCCUGCAAGGUAGUCAUGAUUCUGAUGAGAUCUGUGCUAGCCACAAGAGAUAAAUGAAAAUAAAGGGGCUUGGCGAAUGAGAGAGCCAGGCCUCAGCUGUUCCCUGGUUCAGUUUGAGAGUUUCAUCUUUUCUUAUUGGCAAAACAGUAGUUUGUGUCAAAUGAUCCGGACAAUAAGAAAAUGCAGAUCCGUGGUUUUCCAAAUCAUAGAUUCAGUGUAACAAUUAUGUUGCCCUGCUCUAUGUCCAAGGGACUGCCCUCCCAAUGCAAAUGGCUUUGAACUUUCCCUAGUGAAAGUUAAGGUUACACUGUAUAUGAGAGAAAACCUUUCUGCAUUAAGUGACUAAAAUAAUUAAAAAAAAAAAAAAAACAGUUGCAAAAUGGAGGUUGCAAUGGUGAGUGCGGAUAGCUCUGGGUGCAACAGCCACAUGCCCUACGGAUACGCGGUCCAAGCUCGGGCCCGAGAGAGAGAGCGGCUGGCCCAGUCAAGAGCCGCAGCAGCUGCGGCCGUAGCAGCAGCAACAGCAGCCGUUGAAGGUGGGGCAACAGGUGGAGGUGGACCAUAUCACCACUACCAUCAGGAGCAGAGUCGAGGUGCAUCCUCCUGUCAUGGCGGGAGCGCGUCACGCAGCAGCAUGCCCCACCGCCAGAGCGGUAAGAGGAGAAAGAAAGGGAAAAAGAGGAGCCACCGCUUGGGAAGUAGGGAGUGCGGGGCCUCCUUCCCCUGUUCUGAGCUGCUGCCUCUCAGCGGUUCUGAAGAGAGAAUACUGAAGGACUUGAGUGAGGAGGAAGAGGAGGAUGAAGACGAGGAUGAAGACGAUGAGGAAGAAGGAAAGCUCUACUACAGUGAUGACUAUGGGGAGGAUGAGUUUUCCUACUCGGACCAGCCACCUGAUGAUGGUGGAGGCCCUGGGGGUUACAGCUCUGUUCGCUACAGUGAGUACGAGUGUUGUGAGCGUGUGGUAAUCAACGUGUCAGGACUGCGGUUUGAGACCCAACUGAAGACGUUAGCUCAGUUCCCAGAGACAUUGUUGGGUGAUCCGGCGAAACGAGGGAGAUACUUUGACCCUCUCAGGAACGAAUACUUCUUUGAUAGGAACCGGCCCAGCUUUGAUGCCAUCCUGUACUACUACCAGAGUGGUGGUCGGCUGAAGAGGCCAGUCAAUGUACCCUUUGACAUCUUCACUGAGGAGGUGAAAUUCUACCAACUUGGGGAGGAGGCCAUGCUCAAGUUUAGGGAGGAUGAAGGGUUUGUCAAAGAGGAAGAGGACAAAGUUUUGCCGGAAAAUGAGUUUAAGAGGCAGGUUUGGCUGCUGUUUGAGUACCCGGAGAGCUCCAGUCCAGCCAGAGGCAUUGCUAUUGUCUCUGUCUUGGUCAUCUUGAUCUCCAUCGUCAUCUUUUGUCUGGAGACUUUGCCAGAGUUCAGAGAUGACAAAGAAUUCAUCAUGUCCCUGAGCUUAGGGAAGGGGCUUUCCAAUGAGUCACUUCACCUGGACGUUGGGGAGCACACCAUCUUCAAUGACCCUUUUUUCAUUGUAGAGACAGUUUGCAUCAUUUGGUUCUCCUUUGAGUUUACAGUGCGCUGCUUUGCGUGUCCAAGCAAAGCACACUUCUUCAAGAACAUCAUGAACAUCAUAGACAUUGUCUCCAUCUUGCCUUACUUCAUUACUCUGGGCACUGACUUGGCACAGGAGCAGGGCAGUAACGGUCAGCAGGCCAUGUCCUUUGCCAUCCUGAGGAUUAUCCGUCUGGUCAGGGUGUUUCGCAUCUUCAAGCUCUCCAGGCACUCCAAGGGUUUGCAGAUCCUGGGUCAUACGCUCAGGGCCAGCAUGAGGGAACUCGGCCUCCUCAUCUUUUUUCUUUUUAUUGGAGUCAUUUUGUUUUCCAGUGCUGUUUACUUCGCAGAAGCUGAUGAGCCUGCCACCCAUUUUCAAAGCAUCCCAGAUGCCUUUUGGUGGGCUGUAGUGACCAUGACUACAGUUGGUUAUGGGGAUAUGAAACCCAUAACUGUGGGUGGGAAAAUAGUUGGGUCCCUGUGUGCCAUUGCGGGAGUGUUAACCAUUGCUUUACCAGUGCCAGUGAUUGUCUCCAAUUUUAACUAUUUCUACCACAGAGAGACUGAGAAUGAAGAACAAACGCAGCUGAUGCAAAAUGCAGUCAGUUGCCCUUACCUCCCAACAAAUUUACUGAAGAAAUUUAGAAGCUCAUCAUCUUCAUCCACAGAGGAUAAAUCAGAAUAUCUGGAGAUGGAAGAAGGAGUUAAAGAAUCUCUUUGUGUAAAGGAGAAAAAAAGUCAGGACACGGGGAAUAGCAGUGAGUCAGAGAAGAAAAACUGUGUAAAUUCAAAUUCUGUGGAAACUGAUGUGUAAUUUCGAACAUUUCCAAAUAUAUUUAUACAUUAAAGAGUGCAGUGAAAAUAAUGAAAUAUGCAAACAAGAGUCCACAGCAUACAGUAGUAUGCCAUUUAAUGGUUAAAUACAAAUAAAAAGCAUUGCUAAACUUGUAUUACAUAUCAAGUAAGUGGUAUGACUUGAGGAAGGGAUUGCUAGAUCUGAUAUAAUUUCAGAUUUUAUAUUUUUAUUAGAAUGCAAGUGUUUUGCACAUGAGGCUGAAAAAUUUAUUAAAACCAAGUCAGUUUUAAAGUGGGUGCAUGAACUGUCGACAUCACUAAUAACAGCUCUGUGGUAAAAGUUGGCAUUCAGAGGUAUUUACUAUGUAAGAAGCAAUGAAGUUUGGUAGUCAUUUAUCUAUUUAUCAGUGCUUUAAUAGCAGCUACCAUAAAUCAUUGGAUACCAUAGUCAUUGUUUUUCAAAUGGUAAAUUUAUUGUAAAAAGAUAUUCUACAGAAGAUAGAUCUAAAUUUUUUUUUUCUUGAAAUCUAUUAUGCUUGUUUUUAACUGGAAACUUACUUUGAAAAGGCUGAUGACCCUCCAGAAAUUGUUUAUUUUUAUAACUCUCUUUGGAGGCAUUGCAGCAUUUGUUGUCUAAUAAUGAAAGAAGUGAAGUAAGAGAAUAAUUUAACCUGGUCUGACCGUGAAGGCAAAAUGACUGGAAUGCUUUUUUGCACUACUUUAUAUGCUGGAGAUAUAUUGAAAGAGACUUCAUACUGUGAAUGUUUACUAAUGUAAUAGUUCAAUGACAAUCAUUGGAAGAGUGAAUUCUGCAUCAUAUUUUAUUGUUUCUUUUUUCUUUAUGUGAUGCUGAUGCCGAAACAUUACAUCAACUCCAUACUCUUUUUAAUUAUGAAUAUCUGUGAUCUGGAAAAGGAUUGUGAAGUAAAAUUUUAUAAUCAAAAUUAUUUGAAAUCAGUGUUUUCUACUGAUACCCUCAAGAAACACCAUCCCAAUUUAUAUCUUUUUCCUGGUUAAUUUAACAUUCAGAGUCUAUGAUUAAUACAUGCACUUUGUCAGUAUUGAAGAAAUUCAAUGUAUGGGAGGAGAAGGCAGAAGUAAUAAGAUAUUCAGUUGUUACAGUACUGACAAUUGAGAAUUGCUAACUUUUAACAUGCUAUUAUUGGUGCUGCAUUUUCCCUUAAUUACAGCUUUCACCCAUGUGUAUUUGAAGCAACAUUUAAGAUCCAAAAUAGGCAUUCUGGGAUUCAAAACGAACAUGCUGGGUCCUAUGCAGUCCUUGAGAAAACAUUCCAUAAUUUCUUUUCGCUGAUUCUUAGGCCAGCUGUAUUUUACUCUGUCUCAAAAACUUCCAUUGCCCUUCCUAGGAGAUUAAGGUAGGUAAAGAUUGUCUGGCCUACAGUAUAUUCCAGGCUCCAGAUUGAAAUAGGUAAGAUACUGCUGCAUAAAACAUAAAUAAUAGAUUCAGAGCAGGCAUGUUUUUUCAGACUUAUAAUUACCUAGGGAAGGCACAAUUAAACUGGAACUGUGUUUGAAGAGGCACUGUGGAACAUUCCAGAUUACAAAACUUGAACCAAAUUGGCAUAUGCACUUUAAAGGCUGGGACAGGCCUUUAUGAGAGUAAAAGGGGUUUACCAAUGCUAUGGAAUUACAGUAGUUUUGCAAUAUUCAUUUGAAGCCGAGGAGAGGAUUUUUGGUGGGGGGAGAACUAAUUAGCGACUGUUCUGGAGCUGAAAAGCAACAAUAAAAGCAGUCCAAAUUAGGCACCCACAACAUUAUGCAUAAUCUAUCAGAUAAGCAUGGUUUGCUGUAUGCAACGUCCAGUGGUAUGAACAGAGCCAUAAACAUAGAUUUUUGCCUUCAUGGACUUUCUGUGAAUUUCCUCUUUGAAGUUUCUCUGCUUGUCCUCUUUUGCAUUGCAGAAGAACUAAUAAAAACCAAGACACACACAAAAGACUGCGUUGUGCUGAGCCCUGGUUCAAAACUUGUGUGUAAAUGUCUGGUUCCUAAUUUAAAAUCAUAGGGAAGGCUUCACUAUAGUUUUGAUGUGAAGCAUUAACCAAAACUUCUUUUUAGUCCGAUGACAUUAAUUCCAACUAUGUUUUGAAUGAAACAACCUCGUAAUUUUAUACAUAGGCAUUUGCCAAAAUUGAACAUUGCAUUUUGUUGUAGCUCACAUGAGUUAAAUGUACUAAAUACUUUUUUUUCUACAGAGGCAAUAUCAUCAAUGAGGAUGAACGUGCUGUAAAAUCCGGCAAAAAUCCGUAACUGAAAGUGUUUCUUUAACAGCUAAUAGUUAAUGAUGUAAAGAGCAUAAGGGUUCUCGUGUAAACUAACUUCCUAGUAGUUCUGUGUAACACUAGAGACCAUAUAAUACCAGGGAUUGUGGCAAGAAUGUAGGAGUAAAAGAAAUACUAACUAGGUAAAGAAGGAACUUAGAGAAAAGAAGUGGUACUUGUUUGCAGUAUUGCCUGGUUGAAAGGGAAGGUAUUUUAUAAAAGGUGGCAUUUUAGAAGUCUAAUGGAAAUAAGGAAAAAAACCUUGGAAUAACUCUGAGAGUAUGUUCGUUCUGUGGACAUGGAGCUCAGCAUGAAGUAACUGCUUAAGUAGUUAGCUUCUCCAGCAAGUCAUUCAGCUAUUCUGCUCCCAGAACACAACCUUUUAAUUUCAAACAAGCGUGACAAUGUCUAUAUUAUUCUGUGAUCAUAGCAGUACCUUACUCUCUGAAGGAAAUGGUCUUACAGUAGGACCUCAUAGCAGUGGGCAGAGCAAUGUUCUGGGUGUGUCGGCACUACAUACUGCAGUACUGUGGAGACAUGUCCUAAAGGAAUGGUGGAGUCUGCUCUCCCUCCUGCAGUGUAUAAACCUGUGCAAUUUGUUGUUAUAAAAAAACACUACUGUAGCUUAAUGAUAGAUUGUGCUAUCAGUUUGGCAGACAAUUCUGAAUCAGAAAGGAUUGUGCAUUCCAGAAUGGACACGAGUAGCUUUACUUCGGCUGGUUUAUAAUCUGAUUAUUCAACUACCCAUCAGUCCAGUCACUUUUAACACAGCUUGAAAAUCCCAGAGUCCUACCCCUAACAUGCUAAAACCCAAAGAUCCCAAGUGCUUAACAAGAAACAGAGAUUUCCAUUAAGUUUUACUUCAGUUGAAAUUGUGUGCCAGAGAAAUGCUGUAUUUGAGCUGUUACGGCUCCAAAUUACUACUACUGCUUCUGUCAGAGCUUUCCCAGUGUUACUGGAUACUGGCAACUCUCAGAAAAAUAAUUUUAUCGUCACUUGGGCAUUUUACAUUUUAAAUUAUAGUGGUGAAAUGCAUUCCUGAUGUAACUGACGUGAAUGGAGUUACACUAGGGAUCAUUUUAGUUCUACUAAUGUAGUUCAAAUGAUUUCACAUUGACAUACAUUUCAGCUAAAAAUAAUGCAAAAUGAGAUAUUUUGAUAAUUCAGGUUCACUUGCAGUGGUGAAAAAAUUUGAAGGAGUUCCAUUAGAAUUCAUGGAAUCACAGCAGCAUCAAAUCAGAUUUUGAAUAUAGGCUGAUACUUAACUGCAUACUGGCACUUAUUUAAAGAAAUUUGUAAGUCUUUUUAUAGUAAUCUGAAGUGCCAAGGCCGGACUCAUAAGGAGAGAGUUUUGCCAGCUGAAGUAUUGGAUUUAAUGCCUGACUUCAGAGAUCCAUAUUUCUUUUUCUUUGUUCAAAUCAUGGACUUUUCUGAUGUUACAUUGAUUCCUUGAAAAUUUCAGCCUGGAUGCUGAAAGUUAUAUAAAAGAAGUCUUGCGUCACACUGUUUUUUAGUGUUCAGUUCAGCUUUCUCAGAAUGAUUCUACAAGAGGCCAGUUCCAUUUGAUGGAAAGUGUAGAUUUUUUGUUUGUAUUUGAAGGAAAAUUCUUCUAGGUGGUUUUUUUUUGGUGUAGAGUCUAUUUCUGUGAUGAUUGUGUAAUGUGCAAUUUGGGAGCUCAAGGGAGUGAAAAGACCCAUUGCUAUCAUGAUUACAUCUAAUUCAUGACAACAGCGUUCUUGGUGUUUGGGGAUACUAAUAGGCAUUAUGGACUUUUUGUGGCCAUAAAAAAUGGGGUUUGAGCGUGUUUUAAGUCAGUAAAACUAUUCAAAUAGCUUUGGAAUGCAAAAAAUGAUUUUGCAUAAUAUUAGUGUGCAGAGAGUUUGGGAUUGGGCCAUAACCUUGAAUUAUCUUGUAUCUCCUGACAUGGAAAGUUCAUGUCACGUACGCUUUCAGGUGUUGACAGUCAUUUGACUUGGGAUAUGAAAUACCAGUGCUAAGCUACCCAAGAAUAUGAAAUACUUCAUAUUAGGAUAAAUGUGCUAUGGAAAAACAGCAAAAUAUUGUCUAUUCCAUGUGGAACUAGUUUGUGGAAGGUCUUUCCUGCAUAGCACUGAAAAAGGGACUAUGUCUUUCUGGUGAUAUGAGACUUGUAAAACUAAUUCUAAAUAUAAAUGAAUUUUUAGCAUAAGCUUUACACUUUAUUGGUAGUCCUCAAAUUAAAUAUGAAGUAUCCAUGGUGCUUUAGACUACGUCACUAGCUUCCUCUGGUUCUUACUGGUUCCUUAUUACUUCUUACUGUCAUUGUGUCCAGUUACAAAUAGAUUUAUUUUUUUAAAUAUUAAUUGGCAUGAGACAGUAACAAAUAAAAACAAAGAUUAAAAAAAAAUAUUACAAUAUCCAGCAUAUAAGUUACAUAUUUUUCUUAUCGUUAAAUAAACUUAAAUGACAGUCUGUAACAUCUGUAGACGUGGGGCAGCUGUUGCUAUAACUGAAUGAUUAAAUGCUUCUGAUUUUGCAGUGAAUAAGAUCUAGUUUAUAGAUUUACCAUACUUGUGCACCUCUGUUUGAAACAAAUGCUUGUAGAAAAAUUGGCAAUUUAAAAAAAAUGAACAUUACUUCAUUUCCACAGAGAUCAUCUAAUGUGGAAAAAAUGACUGACAAAUUAAUUCUGGUUUAAAGUGCAUAAAUGUUUUUUUACCUGGCAGCCAGGUACAAACAUGAAACUUUAUAUAUUGCUUCCAUGCUUUCUGUGUAUUCAGAACUCUGAUGACAUUAAUUCUGAAGGAAAACUCAUUAAAGCAUUAUCUACUGA